UUUUAUGGUGCGGUGCUGAGAAUCCAAAAACUACAACUCUACUUACCUUAAGCCUUGAGGCAAAGAAUCCGCAUCCCUCCUUAACUUGCAAUGGCCUUCUUCCUCCUUUCUCUAUUCUCCAUCAAAUCCACGCUAACACCUACAUUUUUCUAUCCCACAAACACAAACAUUUGUUUCACAGAAGUAGUGGAAUAUUGCUGAUUUUGGGAGAAUUUUUAUCGACAAUCAGAAAUGGAUGCUUCCGAAAUUAACAGAAGCUUGGUAAGUGAACUCGAAGCAAUGGGAUUUUCAGAGGCUCAAGCCACCAAGGCUCUUUGUUCUUCUGGUAACUCAAGCCUUGAGGCUGCAGUAAAUUGGAUUGUGGAUCAUGAGGAUGAGGCAAACAAUGAUGAGAUGCCCAUGGUUUCAGUCGACAUUAUUGAAACUCCUACUCCUACUUUUGAUUCGGAACAAGCAAAGUUGAAAGCACAAGAGCUGAGGGAGCGAGCACGCAAGAGGAGAGAGGAGGAAGAGAAAAAACUGGACAAGGAAAGGGAGAAGGAAAGGAUACGUGCAGGCAAAGAACGGCUUGCAACAAAACGGAUGGCAGAGGAAAAUGAGAGGAAGCGUUUUGAAGCACAGAGGAAGACCGAAAAAGAGGAGGAGAGAAGGGCAAGGGAAAGAAUUCGUCAAAAGCUUCAGCAGGACAUGGCAGACAGGAGGGCUAGACUUGGUUCGUCUUUCAAUAGCGGUACAUCUUCAAAAUUCAUUAAAACCUCGGAGCCAGAGACAAAGAAUCCUUUGAAAGUUGAUUCUGCCGCGUUAUCUGGUAACUUAAUUACGAACAAAGAGGUUUUCAUGGGAUGCUUAAGAUCUCUCAGGCGUCAGCACAAGGAGGAGGAUGUGAAAGUGCAACAGGCCUUCAAAACUCUGUUAGUUUAUGUGAGGAACAUAGUUAGCAAUCCUGAUGAAGGGAAGUUUAGGAAGAUCCGGCUUAGUAAUCCAGCUUUCCAGGCUAGAGUUGGAAUUUUCAAAGAAGGCGUGCAGUUUCUACAACUCUGUGGGUUUGAAAGAGCUGAGGAAGGUGAUUUUUUGGUCUUGCGCAGCAACAAGGUCAAUAUGGCGCUACUGAGAUCAGCUGGCAUGGUUUUGCACUCUGCCAUUACAAAUCCCUUCUUUGGGCUACUCUCAAAGUAAGGUGGUUUCCCCAGGGAAUUAGAAGCUUGAUGCUUGACACUCAACACACCACUAACUUCAAGUUGAUUUCACUACUUCUAUUGGACUUGAAUUUGUAUAGUAGCAACUAGCAAGAAUCAGAUAUUCUAUUUGUUUGAACUUUAAUGUCUCCUAUAAAUAUACCUGUAUGCAAAUGGUUUGUAUUUUAUUCCCUCCCAUCCCUUGCAAGUGUAUAAAAGUGAUUGUAACUAUUUAA